CUCCACCUCUUCCUCCUCCGGCGAUCCCAAUGCCCCCUCCGCGCCCCUCUCCAAUCUCAGGAAUUCCCCAAAUUCCCCAUCCCCUCCCGUCCUCCACCACGAUCACCGCCCAUCCCUCAUCCCCCACGUCCCCUCCGCCUUCCUAUCUAAGAGGAACUCCUUAAUUGCCGCCUUCUCCGCCGCAACACUCCUCGCCGCCUACGCCGCCGCGCAGUCGAAGGACGCCUCUGUUUCCGAUAGGUCAAUGUAUGCGGACUUAGGGAAAACGAUCGAGAAUUCGAAUGAAUCGAUUGACAGGAUUGUGAAUAGGACUAGGCAGAUGGGCGUGGCCGCGUCCGUGCUGUGGCAGUCGUUGAGGUCGGUGAUGUCCUCGGCCAACCAUGAGGUUAGGGCGGGGUUCGAGCUCCGGGUGGCCGCGUUGAUAGCUGACAUUGUGGCGGCCAGCGAUAGCCGAAGGGUGGCGAUUGUUGGUGCGGGCGGUGGUGCCGUAGUUGACUGGCUGCUGGAAACUGUUGCUGGGGCUAAGGACGGAAAUGGAACUCAGGCUGAAUCGGCCAGGGCGUUGGCGUACUUGAUUGCUGACCCCAGUGUGUGCGAGGCUGUUUUGGGACGGCCCCAAGCAGUUCCCAAUCUGUUGAGGUUCAUUUUCUCUGCUAAACCUAAGCGAUCAAAGAAACGAUCUAAGCGUAGUUCAUUUGAUGUAUCUGAUAAAGGCAAGAGUAUGCUUAUAGCAGCAAUCAUGGAUGUUGUCACAUCCAACUGUGAUAAUGUAGAGAAAUUAUCACUCAAGCCCUUGCUGCCAAAAAAUGCUGAAAUGAGAGAUAUUGCAGCAGCUAUACAAGUAAUUGAAGAGGGCGGCAUGCAUUGGGACGAACAACAUGUAGAUGACGACGAUGAUGAUGAUGAUGAUGAUGAUGACGGUGGAACAGGUAUGAAGGGUAUUGGAAUUAAGGUUCUUGGAGGUACUACAGUUUUGGGGCUUUCUGGAAAUGGUGGAUAUGCUGAUGUGGAUCAUUCUGAUUCCUACAACUCAAGGACGGCAAGAGCUGGGCCUACAAAUCAAUUAUUCAACAAAAUGAAUGACAGCCCUUUUUUUCAAGGAAAGUUGUCAUCUGUAGUAGUUCCUGGACUUUGGGAUGAUUUAGACUGUGAACAUGUGGCAGUUCCUUUUGCUGCAUGGGCGCUAGCAACCUGGGCAAUGGCAUCUGAAGUCAAUCGCACUCACAUUCAAGAACUGGAUCGAGAUGGGCAUGCAGUUAUGAGUGCAUUGGUGGCGCCUGAGAGAUCAGUAAAAUGGCAUGGGAGUUGGUUGGUGUUGUUGCUUUUAGAAGACCGAAGCUUGCCUCUAAAUAACUCCAUUUCAGAUUGGAGUUCUAGUCUUCUUUCUACUAUCUCUCAGGCUAGCCAAACGCAGGACUUGCCUUUGGCUCAAGUGGCUUUAUCUGCUUUAUUGGUUACUAUUCAGAGAAGCUCUCAAGCUCAGGAAAUAGUGAUGGAGAAAGGUCUUCAUUCAAUGAGAGAGGCAGCUAAGAAAACUGUGAAGCAUAAAUCUAUCCAAGAAUCAUUGGCAAAAGCCCUCGAACUAAUUAGCUCUAGGGAACUGCAUAUGUCUCUAGAAGAGACACAAAAGUGGUCACCUAUUCUACUUUCUUGGAUAUUUGGGAAGACCUCCUCUGACAUAAUUCGUUCAUCUGCCAUACAUAUUCUUUCACAUAUUCUUGAAGACUAUGGUCCAUCCUCUAUUCCAAUUUCUCAGGGAUGGCUGACCAUCUUACUAACAGAUGCUCUCAGGCUCAGGAAGCAAAAUUUGGCAAAUGGAAGUUCUCAGUUUUCGAAUGAUAAAGUGAAGACACAAAUUGAUCAAGCAAAUGUUGUUUCUGCAAUCCAGAUUGCCAGUCAGUUAUCAAGUGCGGUUGUUAAUUUAGCAGGAACUCAACUGGGGACACCCAAUGAGAGUGAUGACACAUUUCCACUUGCGGACCUUCUCUCCCUUGAACCCUUUAUAGGAUCAUUUAAAAAUCUUAAGAAAGACAAAGCACAAAAAAUUACUGCUGCAGAUUCUGCUCAUGCUACACUAAAAGGCAUUAAAGGACUGACCGAAAUUUGUGCUGAUGAUGCUCUGUGCCAGAACAAAAUAGCUGACCUUGGUGUUUUAUGCUUACUUCGGCGCUUUCUACUAGAAGAUGAUUACGAGCAACUAGCUGCAAUUGAAGCAUAUGAUGCAUCACGAGCUCUCGAGGCGCAAGAGUGGUUUCCAUCUUCCUCUGAUGAUUCUUCCGAGGUUGAUGAUCCUUCAAACUUACGUGUUCCAGCUACGGCUCACAUGAGGAGGCAUGCAGCUCGUUUGCUUUCCAUUCUGUCCGUUCUUCCGAAAGUGCAGAAAGCAAUUGUAGCUGAUGAAACUUGGUGUAAAUGGCUUGAUGAAUGUGCUAGAGGACAACUUCCUGGUUGCAAUGAUCUUAAAAUUCAGAGUUAUGCUAGGGCAACCCUAUUGAAUGCAUUUUGUAGUGAUCAAAACAGUGGGAAGUCAGAAAAUGAUGGUGUAACUGAAACCAGUUCUAAGAACAAAAGACAGCAUUGCCCUCAAUAUGCUGACAUGAUAUUUUUAAUCAGACCUGAAUUAUCUCAUUGGAAGUGUAUGGAAAAGGGAUCACUGAAUCCUGUUGAUGGUCCAAUAGUCGAUGAUGAGUUUGCAGAGAAGGAAAAUAGGCUGUCACAAAGAGGUUCAGGGGAUGAUAAUCCUCCUGCUUCUACUUCUGGGUCUCGAAGCUUCUCGAACAGGGAUUUUCCUCCACUUGAUAUUGUCUUCGUGCAUGGCCUCCGUGGUGGUCCCUUUAAAACUUGGCGGGUAUCCGAAGACAAGUCAUCAACAAAGUCUGGCCUUGUUGAGAAGAUUGACGAAGAAGCUGGAAAACAAGGAACUUUUUGGCCUGGUGAAUGGCUUGCAGCUGACUUUCCUCAUGCUCGGUUGUUUAGUCUCAAAUACAAGACAAAUCUUACACAGUGGUCUGGAGCUAGUCUACCUUUGCAGGAAGUCAGUUCAAUGCUUCUUGAGAAACUUGUUGCUGCAGGCAUUGGGGAUCGACCUGUCAUAUUUGUGACUCAUAGCAUGGGUGGCCUGGUUGUCAAGCAGAUGUUACACCAAGCAAUGGCAGAAAACAAUGAUAAUUUUGUAAACAAUACUGUGGGAAUUGUUUUCUAUAGCUGCCCCCAUUUUGGCAGCAAGCUAGCGGACAUGCCUUGGCGCAUGGGUCUUGUCUUACGACCUGCACCAAGUAUCGGAGAGUUAAGAAGUGGGUCACCUAGGUUAACUGAGCUCAAUGAUUUUGUUCGUCGACUUUACAAGAAAAAGCUAAUUGACGUCCUCAGUUUUUGUGAGACAAAGGUAACCCCAAUUGUUGAGGGUUAUGGAGGCUGGGCCUUUCGUAUGGAAAUUGUACCGAUGGAAUCUGCAUAUCCUGGAUUUGGUGAACUUGUAGUUUUGGAUUCGACAGACCAUGUAAAUUCUUGCAAACCGCUAAGCAGGGCUGAUCCAUCCUAUAAAGAUACACUGGAGUUUCUGAAAAAGCUGAAAUUGCAUUAUAGCUCAGAGGAUUCUGUUCAUAAGUAGAUAAGUAUAUAACUUACUCAGCAUCCAGUGUAAUGCAAUCGAUGUUAUCAAGUGCAGAGCCUCAACAUAUCUGUUUUAUGAGAUCUUAUCAAAUAUUAAGCUUAUGGUGGCGAUGCUGUUACAGCGCAGAUGAAGAAACCAUCGACUGGGAAUAUUUUGUGUAGACAUUUUAGAGCUAGAGUUACUUGAUGAUUCUUUCUGUAGAUUGCAGAAUUGUGUCAUUUGUAGUAAUAUAAUGCUGAAAAUAUGUGAGUUUUAGAAUAGGCGCAACUACUGUAGGAUCAUAGUUCAUCACCUCUCAACAAUAACAUGUUAUGUAACUGAGACACUGUAAUUCUUUUGAGGGAAUGAAAUGAAUGGAUACUAUAAAUAAA